AUGGCGGAGUCGGAACCACUCAUGGGCCGGAUCCGCGGCGGUGGCGGCGGCGGCGGCGACUGCCCGGCGGGCCUGACCACUUACCGCAGCGUCCAAGCCGGCCCCGGUGCCGUGGCCAGGUGGGAUCUCUGCAUUGAUCAGGCUGUGGUCUUCAUUGAAGAUGCGAUCCAGUACCGCUCCAUCAACCACCGCGUGGAUGCUGGCUCAGUGUGGCUUUAUCGACGGUAUUACUCGAACCUGUGCCAGCGGUCCCUGGGCUUUACCAUUUUCUUGAUCCUGUUCCUGGCGUUCAUCGAGACGCCGUCGUCGCUCACGAGGACGGCGGACGUGCGCUAUCGUCUCCCGCCCCCGGAGCUGCCCUGCGGCCUGACCGAGAGCAUCGAGGCGCUCUGCCUGCUGGUCUUUGUGGCCGACCUCUCCGUGAAGGGCUACCUGUUUGGGUGGGCUCAUUUCCGGAAGGACCUCUGGCUGCUGGGCUACCUCGCGGUGCUGGUCGUGUCUGUCAUGGACUGGAUGGUGUCCCUGAGUCUCCUUUGUCAGGAGCCCCUGCGCCUCCGCCGGCUGCUCCGGCCCUUCUUCCUGCUGCAGAACUCGUCUAUGAUGAAGAAGACCCUCAAGUGCAUCCGCUGUGCGCUGCCGCAGAUGGCCAGGUCGGCUUGGGGGCCCCAGCGUGGUUGCUUCUGUUCACAGCAGGAUGAUGGUCAGGACAGGGAGAGGCUGACCUACUUCCAGAACCUGUCCAAGUCCCUGCUGUCCCUCCUGGUGCUGCUGACCACGGCCAACAACCCGGACGUGAUGGUUCCUGCGUAUUCCAAGCACCGGGCCUAUGCCGUCUUCUUUGUCGUCUUCACCGUGAUCGGAAGCCUCUUUCUCAUGAACCUGCUGACGGCCAUCAUCUACAGCCAGUUCCGGGGCUACCUGAUGGUGAGCUGUGCCUGACUGGAGCCAGCCGUCCGUGAGCCCCGGCCCGGUGCCAGGCUCCCUGUGGGGCGGGAGGGCGGGUGGCCAUGCUCAUGCUGUGGGUUCCCCCACAGGGUAGGGGUGAGGCCCCAGGACCUGCUACGGGUGCUUCAGGAAGUGCAGCUGGACAGCUCCCACAAACAGGCCAUCGUGCAGAAGGUGUGUGCGCACAGCGGUGUCCUGCUGUCGGCCAACGAGUUUCAGAACCUCUUCAACGAGCUGGACAAGAGCGUGGUCAAAGAGCACCCGCCGAGGCCCGUGUACCGGUCUCCGUUUCUGCAGAGCGCCCAGUUUUUCUUUGGCCACUACUACUUUGACUGCCUGGGGAACCUCAUCGCCCUGGGAAACCUCGUGUCUAUUUGCGUGUUCCUGGUGCUGGACUCGGACGUGCGGGACGACUUCGUGCUGGAGGGGCUCAACCGAGCCUUCAUCCUGUACUACCUCCUGGAGAUGCUGCUCAAGGUGUUUGCCCUGGGCCCGCGAGGGUACCUGUCCUUCUCCAGCAACGUGUUUGACGGGCUCCUCACCAUUGGCUUGCUGGUCUUGGAGCUCUCCACUCUGGCCGUGUACCGAUCCCCACACUCGGGCUGGCAGCCGGAGACGCUGGGCCUGCUGUCGCUGUGGGAGAUGACCCGGGCGCUGAACGUGCUCAUCGUGUUCCGCUUUCUGCGCGUGGUCCCCCACGUGAAGGUGGUGUACUACGUGUUUGCCAUCAUUGGGAUCAGCUUGUUUCGGGGCGUCAUUGUGGCUCCUGGGAACAGCAGGUGGUCCACGGUGUAUUUUGUGCUGUGGUGGCUGGUGUCGUCCGUCAUCUGGGUCAACCUGUUCCUGGCUCUGAUUCUGGAGAACUUCCUCUACAAGUGGGACCCCCACAGCCACCUGCAGCCCCCUGCUGGGACACCAGAGGCCACCUACCAGAUGACAGUGGAGCUCAUGUUCAGGGACGUCCUGGAGGAGCCGAGGGAGGAGGAGCUGAUGGAGAGACUGAGCCGCCAUCCACACCUGCAGCUGUGCAGGUGA